AUGUGGGACUUCGACGAGCUGGACGCCAUGGAGACCCAGAGCCAGAGCAGCGCCUCGGAGCUCGCCCUUCGACCGCCGCCCUCCUCACUCGCAAGCCUGGGCACAGAGGCAGGGCUGCGGGAGGACAGCGACGAGGGCCCUCUUCAGUCCUUGGCGGCGACCGCCGAGGAUCCCGCCGCCGCCGCCGUCUCCGGAGCCGCGGCGCCGGGCCCGGCCGGCGGGGAGGGCGCGGCUGGCCAGAGCGCUGCAGCCGCCGCCCGCGGCGGGCCCCGUCGCGCGCUGGUGACGGGCGCGAGCGGGCUGCUGGGCCGCCAGGUGCUGCUCCGCUUCGAGCGGCGCGGCUGGACCGUCCGCGGGCUGGCCUUCAACCGCUGCAGCGGCGGCCUGGUCAGGUGCAACAUUCUCGAGAGGGGCGAGCUGGAGGCCCAGUUCCGGGACUUCGGGCCCUCCGUGGUGAUCCAUUGCGCGGCCGAGAGGAGACCUGGCAGUCUCGAGACGGAUCCGGAGUACGCCGCCAGGAUCAACGCGGAGGCGACCCGGUGCAUCGGCGAGCUCUGCAGCGAGCACGACGCGUGGCUGGUCUUCCUGUCCACCAACUACGUGUUCGACGGCAGGGGGGCCCCGUACGCGGAGGACGCGGUGCCGAACCCGCUGAGCGUGUACGGCAAGACCGAAGCGUGCCCCGGGGCGGCGGUGGUGCGCGUGCCCCUGCUCUACGGGCCGCUGGAGAGCCCCGAGGAGACGUCGGUGUCGGCCCUGCUGGGGCCCCUGCUGGAGCUCUCCGGGGCGGCCGAGCCGACGCCGAAGGCGUUCGACAACUGGCAGCAGCGCUACCCGACCUCCACGGAGGACCUGGCGGCGGUGCUGGAGUCCUUCUGCGACGAGGCCGCGGCCGCGGGGCCCGAGAGGCACGGCGACUUUGCCGGCAUCUUCCACUGGCAGGCGAACGAGAUGCAGACCAGGUACACCAUGGCCCUCGCCGUGGCGGAGAUCGCCGGCGUCGACCAGGCGCUCGUGGCCAAGUCGGACGAGGCACCGAGCCAGCUGUCGGCCCCCCGGCCGCAGUUCGAGGAGAUGCGGUGCACGCGGCUGGAGAGGCUCAUCGGCGCAGACCGGGAGCCUGGCAUGUUCCGUUCGGACUUUCGCCAGGGCCUGCGCCAGCACCUGGAGCCGUUCCUCCCGAAGGCGAGGGUGCCAGUCGCGGAGGAGGUGCCCGCAGCAGCGGAGGCGCCGACAGCGCAACUGGCGCCAGCCGCGUCAGCCGAGGCAGAUGCGCCAGCCACCGCCAAAGCGCCCGCUGCGGCAGCAGAUGCGCCCGCCUCAGUGGAGGCUCCAGCCACGGCAGAACCACUGGCAGUGGCCGAGGCCCCCGCCGCGGCAGAGGCGGCCGCAUCAGAGGCAAUGGCGGAGGCGUCUGCCGCAGUGGGGGCGCCAGCCUCGGAGGUGCCAGCCGCGGCGGAGGGGCACUCUGCCGGGGCCGCUGCGGGGAUGCCCGCCGCAGUGGGGGCAUCCGCCGUGGUGGAGGCACCCGUCGCUGUGCAGGCGCCCCGCGUGGCGCCGGAGGCCCCGGUGGCAGCAGACUCGUCGGCCACGGCAGAAGCGCCCGCAGCAGCGGAGCCGCCCGCCGCGACGGAGGCGCCAGUCGCGAGGGAGGUCGUGCUCGCAGUGGAGGCGCAGGCGGGAGUUGCGGAGGCUCCCGCCGCGAGAGACGCGGUCGGCGCGGCGCUGUCCACCGCGCAGGCGCGUGCUGCAGCGGAGGCGCCGGCCGCGGCGGCGGAGGCGCUGGCUGCGGAGGCCGCAGGGGAAGUGCUGGAGGCCAGGGCGCAGGCAACCACCGCGGCGCAAGCCACUGGCGCUGCCGAGGGCCCCCGAGCGGGGCCUGCGUUGCUGAAGCCGGAGAAGGAUGGCCUGCUGGAGAAGUUCUCCCUGCAGAUCCGAGCGGAGCGCUCCCGCGUGCACCUCAAGCUGGAGGCCGAGGACUUCCUCAAGGGCAUGCUCGGGCCGUGCGAUGACCUGGAAGAGCUGCUGGAGAGCCUGGAGAGCCUGAAGGCUCCCCUGGAGGCGGUGCAGGCGGCGGCCCGCGGGGCCCGCGGCGGCGGCGGCGGCGCGCCCGCCGCGGGGGCGCCGGCGGCGGAGCCGCAGCCGGAGGCGGUGCCGCAGGGCCUCCGUGAUCCGCCGGAGCAGUCGAGCAAUCCUUGGGGCGACAUGACGGAGGACAAGGCGUACGUGGACGAGGAGGACCGGCUGCUGCAGAAGGUCUCCGGUGGCGGCAGUCAGCCGUGGGCAAAGGCCGCCGCCUGGGACAGCUGGCAGGCCAGCGGCUCGAGCUGGUGGGACCAAGGCGACCACGGGCGGUCUGGCCAGUGGCAGCAGCCCGCCUCGCGCCACGCCUGGGCCGCCUCCGCGCCGCCGGGCGCCGGGGGCGGCGGCCCGGCCCCGCGCGGCGGCGGCGGCGGCGCCGCGGCGGCGCGGCCCGCGGGGCCCGGCGACGCGGGUGGCCCGUGGGGAGAUAUGUCCGGCGAGGACCGCGGCGGAGCACGGCGGGUCCUGGGGGUGGCCUGGCCCCCCAUAGGCCCCAAGGACGGGCCGCUGAGCGUAACAUGCGUGAUUGGCAGCUGUCGCGGGGCGGCUGGCUGGGGCGGCCAUGAGACCAUGUUUUACAUGGCAGGUGGGUGCACCAAUCCCGUAGUUGACGCGGAAGCCUCGUGGGGCCAUAACCUCGUGAACGUGCCUAACAACCGCACAGGCAAGGGGGGUCGCGUCAUAGGCGGAACUGCACGAUUGAAGGACAGCGAGAUCAUCGACAUAUGA